GUCGGCGGCGCACUAUAACACUGGUCUACAUAGCUAUUAGCUGUUAUUCCGACGACAAUCGACAGUGUUGUACCUACGAGUCGAUCCAUAUUAUCCGAUCAGCCCCCCCCGCGUUUCGGUCCGUGCUUGCCGCAUACCCGUCUCUCUCCGCUUAAACGACGCGCACAACUUCAUUCGCCACCGCCGCCUUUGGCUCUCGUACGGUAUCGAUUUUUCGUCCGGUACUCAGCCGCGUCUACGAAUCACGAUUGAUUUCGGCGCGGCCGCACAACCUACAACCACGCGCUUACGCCCGUUGUCACUAGUCAUCCUACCGUCACCGUCAGCUUCAACACAGUUUCAGAUGGCGGAGUCGAACUACAUUGACAAUUUGUCGCAGUGCAACGACGAUUUCUCUUCGCUUCAAGUAAUCAGGUCUCCGCCUCCUAGCCGACGCGUCACGCUGGUCAGCGACAUGAUCGAGGUGGUGACGACCCAAGAGCAUUUAGUCAAAAUGCUUCGUCGCCAAGAUAUCCAUCGCAGACAUCAUCUACGCUUGAACGCCAACCACGCCCUUAUCGAUUUAAGCGGCUCAGACAAUGACAACGACGACGAUUACAAUAAAAGGAAGCAAUAUUUGUUAAAUGUUAUGACGCAUAAGUUAGACAAUGUGCACGAGGAAAUGAAUAAUUCCAUUAAUAUUUUGUUCGACAAUAAAAAACAAGUGGAGGAACUCGAAUUUGCGUUUGAUGUUUUAACAAAAUUUAUUAACAAUAUUGAUUAUGCAAAUGAUUUUGUAAAGAUUGGCGGUUUCUAUAUCUUUUUACCUUGCUUUCGUUCCGAGCAUUCGUCUGUGCGCAUCAAAACAUGCGAAUUUAUUUCUAAACUGGUUCAGAAUAAUCCAUAUUGCCAGAACAAGUUCAUGGAAAAUACAAAUUGUCUUAAACUUCGAGCAUUGAUGUAUAUGGUGGAAAACGAUAAUGAUAAUGAUGUGCGUGUCAAAGCACUAGCUGCGAUUUACAGUCUUGUUCGUCAAAACAUACCUGUGUUUUGGAAAUUCAUUGAACUCGGAGGUAAAGAUUUGAUUCUUAAUUCAUUGAAAACACCCAUUAAUAAUUUGAAGUUUAGAGCGGUAAUAUUCAUUUACUCAACUAAUUCUCAAAUGGAUAAUGAUGUAUUGGAACUGUAUGUUGAUAAUGGAGUCGUUGAAAUUAUUUGUUCAAUAAUCAUGGACAUGGAAAAUAAUGUUGAAUCAUUAUAUCACGAAAUGGUUUUAUUAACGUUGAAUCAAUUUAUGCAUUUGUCACCAGUCAGAGUCAAAGAAAUAUGCUCUUCGGUAGAGGAUUUUAUGGAAGCAUUGAUAUCAUUACGAGAUGCAUAUUCUAAUCAACCAGUAUAUCAGAAAGAAAAGGAAGAAGUUUUGUGGUUGUUGGGAAAAUUAAGAUUGUGAAAGAUAAAGCGGCAUAUUUCAUUUUACUUAUUUUAUCACAAUAUAUAAUUGUUUCAUAUCUAGUUGCU